AUGACCGACUUCAAGCUACCUGACAACGACUCCUCCAAGGAGGAAGAAGUCGAGCGUUGGUGGAGCACUAGCAACGAGGGAUCUAGCGUCGAGAGCUCGCCGGAUCAGAGUCCAUUGGACUUCGACAAUGAGUGCUUUUUUGGUGACGGCGAUGGUGCCGAGGAGGAGGAGGAGGAGGAUCAUGAGGAGGAGAAGGAUGACGAUGAGGAGGAGGAUGAUGAUGAUGAGGAGGCGGAGGAGGAGGAGGACGACGAGGAGGAGACCACCGAUGAGCCUCCAGCAAAGUGGUGGAGGAGGAACGAUCCUAGCUCGGGCAUCGAGGAUCUAGAUUAG